GGGGGGGGUCUCUCUCGACCAAUCAGACGGCGUCCUCAGUCACGCGGAGAAAGUGCAUCCGGGUGCAGAGGUCGACCGAGUUUAUCACGCCUGCGUGUGACUCGACGACGCGCACAAACUCUACAGGCUUUCCCCAGCGCAGGGCGUGCCGAUCCCACGGCUUGCGUGCCUACUGCGUCUCCACGCCACGACACAUCAUCACGGGCGAUGGCGCUGGCAGCGAACAGGGCCUUGGCCGGAGACACCGUGCUGGGCGAGCAGGAGAUGGACGCUAACUCUGCCCUCAUGGAGCUCGACAAAGGACUGCGCUCCGGGAAAAUUGGGGAGCAGUGCGAGGCGGUCGUCCGUUUCCCGGGCCUGUUUGAAAAAUAUCCCUUCCCGAUACUCAUCAACUCGGCCUUCCUCAAGCUUGCUGAUGUCUUCAGAGUGGGAAACAACUUCCUGCGGCUAUGUGUGCUGAAGGUGACACAACAGAGCGAGAAGCACCUCGAUAAAAUUCUCAACGUGGACGAGUUUGUCAAACGGAUUUUCUCCGUCAUUCAUAGCAACGACCCCGUGGCCCGUGCCAUCACUCUUCGGAUGCUAGGCAGCAUUGCGUGCAUAAUCCCUGAACGCAAGAACGCACACCACAGCAUCCGCGAGAGCCUGGAUUCCAAUGACAACGUGGAGGUGGAGUCCGCCGUGUUUGCCGCCACUCACUUCUCGGCACAGUCCCGAGACUUUGCUGCAGGGAUUUGCAACAAAAUUGGUGAAAUGAUUCAAGGACUGGCGACGCCCAUGGAGCUGAAGAUGAAACUGAUCCCCGUGUUUGAGCACAUGCACCACGACGCGGGAAUGGCGAGCGGAGCGAGGCAGCUGCUCCAACACCUGGCAGCUGCCUACCCGGCCACGGCGGUGCUCGCCGUAACGCUGCACACCUCCACACGCCUCUCCUCCUCCGCCCUCAUCGACAUCCCCAAACAGAUAGAGUUAUUGCUGCAGUAUCUUCAGCAAGAUCCACGGAAAGUGAUCAAGAGACUCGCCAUUAAGGAUCUCAAGCUUUUGGCAAAGAAGGUGCCUCACAUGUGGAGCAUGCAGGAGAUCCAGGUCAUAUGCGAGUGCGCCCUGCAAACUCCGUACGACAGCCUGAAGAUCGGCAUGCUUUCGGUGCUGUCCACACUCGCCGAUUCCAUUGCCGUUACAAACUGGUUCACUUCAAAAGCGGUUCUGUUGGCGUCCGGCCCCCUUAGCACCCUCCUUCGGCUGUGCCAGGAAUGCUGCUUCCACGACAGCCUCGCCAUGGCAGCCCUGGCGGCCACCACGCUCACCAGCUUGCUUGUCGCCGCACAAGACUCCCCAGAUGGGGAUUCUCUGCAGCUGGAAGUAUCGUCCGCGCUGGAGUCUCUUCUUGUGUCGGCCAGUGCGGAGGAGAGCCCUGACUGCCAGGCUGCACUAAAGUCGGUGCUCAAGUGCGUGGUGCGCGUGUGCGGAGCGGUGCCGCGGCUGAGCUCCACGCUCGUGCAGGCGCUUCUGUGGCAGCUGCAGCCGGCGCAGGAUGCGGCGCGCGCCCUCAUCUGCCAGGGCCUGGCGGCGGCCGCCAUGCAGAGCCCCGUGCUGGGGCAAGCGAUGCUGGGUGACCUCGUGGAGCUGCUCGAAGCCGUGGGCCGCACGCCCAGCCCCGCUCAGCAGCAGCUUCUGGUUUCCGUGGCCACGGUCAUAUUUGUUGCCAAUCAGAAGGUUUCAUCGAGCGAGGUGAAAGCGGCUAUCCGAGAACAGCUGGGGGCGGGCGCGAGUGGCUGGACAGUGUACCGCAUCGCCCGGCAAGCCUCCCGCAUGGGCAACCACGAUGUGGCAGCAGAGCUGUACCACGGCCUGCUGGCGGAGGUGGCCUCGGAGCACUUUUACUUCUGGCUGGGUGGCCUGGAGCAGCUGUCGCGUGGCGAGCAGUGCCUGGCCGCCGUGCGGGACGAUGACCCAGGGACGGCACUGGGCUGCCUAUCGCGGGCGCUCGUCAGCUACCAGCGCGGACUGGCGUCGCUCACCGCGGCGAGCACGCCGCAGAACCCGCUGGUGUUCCAGUGCGAGUACGCCAAGCUGCGCGCGAGCAGCAUGCAGGCCUUCUCGCAGCUCUUUUGCACGUGCAACAGCCUAAAGACGAACCCCCCGCCCGCCAUCGCCACCGCACUGGCCCUCAGCGCCGGGCGUGACCUCGCCUCCUGUGGCCGCAUCUCGGGCCAGAUGAAGCAGUGCAUGGAGGAGUUCCGGGGCCUGGCAACGCGCUACAGCGAUCUCUACCAGUCAUCGUUCGACGCCGACCCCGUAACGCUGCGCAACAUCGAGCUACAUCAGCAGAGCUGUCUUCUAAUUGCUUACGUGAUCGAUGCAUUGAUUAUAAAUCAGGAGCUGGGAAGCUUCGGUGGCUACGGGCAGAGCGGGAUGCACAAGGCGGAGAACGAAAGCGAACGGGCACUACACGCGGCCUUCGAUCAGGUCCUACAGGAUGUGGAAAGCCUGCACAGGAAGCAUCCGCCGGUCUCCUACCAGCACACCGCGUGUCUGUCACGUGCAGCCACCUCCAUCCUGAAGGUGCCCCUGUCCUUCCCUCGGCUUUUCUUCCAGAGGUUGCAAUCCACCAGCAUUAAGCUAAAUCUUUCGCCGACGCCACGCACGGCCAGCGAGCCCCUCGCACUGCACAACACGCAGCAGCUGGCACUCAAGGUGGAGGGUGUUAUUCAGCACGGCAGCCGGCCCGGCCUUUUCCGGCACGUGCACGCCGUGCGCCUGUCCGUCACGUGCACCCCGCAGGGCCGCCCGCAGCACGACGUGAAGCCCAUCCUGGAGUCAGACUGCGCGGAGAUGGAGCAGCGCGUGGAGCCGCACAACGACUACUUCAGCACGCAGUUUCUGCUGGCGUUGGGCACACCCGGCGUGAGCUCUGUGAGCGUGGAGGCGAGCGCACUGGACGAGCGGGGCGUAGCGUGGCGAACGGGCCCCCGUGCCACCAUCUCCGUGCGCUCCAUGGAGGACCCCCUCACGCAGCAGCUCCGCAUGCAGCAGCAGCAGCAGCAACAGCAGCAACAGCAGCAGCAGCACCAUCAGCAGCAGCAGCAACAGCAGCAGCAGCAGCAAUUGGCGCAGUCGCAGCGGGCAGCCUACGGCAGGUUCUGAGGAGCAUCCCUCUGAAUCCGGGCGGUAAAAUAUCACCUGACGUCGCUUUCGAUUGGCGAGACGCUCCGGUCUCCGGGGAGGCUCUGCAGCGACACGAACGCGUCCGCGUGGCGCGAGCGCCGCCGCUGCUGCUGCUGCUUCUGGUGGCACUGAAACGAACGCGGCACCGAGUCCGUCUGAAACUCCAGGCCCAUCUCCAUCCCCAGGGUGGAUGGCAGCGGCGAUUGAGGGCACGGCCGGAUGGGCCCGGAGCCGGAGGGGGCGUCCACGGUGGAGGACGAAGCUCGCGAGGCCGCCGUCCCGCGGGGUCCCGCGUCCCCGUCCGCGGGCCCGGCCUCUCGCCGGGACCUUCCGCACCCCUGCUGCCCCCGCCGCCGCCCCCGCCGCCAGUGGCUCGCAUAGGUGGCGACCUUCAUCCCGACCGCGACGACGUUCUUGCCGAGGAAGACGGCGGAGACGCGUGGGUCGCGGUACAGCAGCACCUGCAGCAGGCGCACGAGCACCGUGGCGCCAUUCACGGCCACGAGGCUGAACACGGGGUAGAGCAGCAGGCGGUGGGGCACCAGGCUCUCGCCCUGCACGCUGAUCUCGCUUAGCGAGACGCACGGCAGCACGAGCAUCACCGUGUAGCAGUAGAAGAAGGUGAGUCCCUCCACCCAGGGUGGAGGAGGAGUCGUCCUCUGCUGUUGCUGCUGCUGCAGUUGUAUCUGCAGGGCGGCCGCCGGCUCCCACAGGCUUGCCUGCACAUCCAGCACAUCCAGCAAGUCCACCACGACCCAGAAGAUGCGGCUGCGGAGGUCCUCCUUCUUCCAGAACGCCCGCACGUACCCCAUGUGGUCGACGGCGACCAGCGCGACGUACAGCGCGGGGACGCACACGGACAGCAGCAGCGUGAGCAGCUUGCGCGCCGUACCGUCGGUGGCCGGCGACGAGGAGACGGUGCGCUCCGAGCGGUAGUUCUGGAACACGAAGUAGAGCUUGAUCUCGAGCACGAACACGUAGAGGAACCAGAGCGCCAUGGCGUAGGCGCGCUUGGCGGUGCGCACCUCGGCGCCCACCCACACGGCGAGGUAACGCAGCAGCACGAGCACGCACACGUCGCCCACCAGCAGCAUGAUGCACACGCCGACGCGGCGGGGGCCAGUGUUCUGCUGCACCAGGUAGGCGUCCACCAGCACCAUGCUGCCCACCACCAGCGCCGUGAAGACGCACACGUGGCCGCGGUCCGGCGACGGCAGCACCAUGGCGGGGACGGGAAGGGGAGGGGGCACGGCGGCGGGGGUGGGGCCCACGCUGUAAAAGCCAAGAGCGGAAAGCGGACGACGAGUGAGGAGAAGGGCCUUAGAGGGUGGCAAGUUUGUGGCCGAGUGGCUCGCGGAGGGCAGAGCUGGCACCGGCUGAGAUUGUGAGUUCGAAUGGAGGCGGCCGCCGCUGAUUAAAUCGGGCUCUCGUGCAGCGAGCCGAUGUGGUGCCGGCCCAGUCACCGGCGACUGUGUACUGGCUUUGUCUUUUGGUCUCAUGCUGCCCACCUGUAAGGGUGUCUGUAUGCACGUAACCGAUCAAAAUCGGUCCUGGCUAUCGUAUAAAUCGAAUCAUGCCUGGAAGAAUCGAUCAUUUCCAAUUCAUGUUUGUUGUAUGUAAUUAGUUCAAGUGAAAUCCUCAGCCACUAGACAUUACACAUGCACCACAAUGACAAAAAAUGUUUAUUCUAAAAUCGAAACGUCACACUGCCGAAUAAUGACAAUUCAUCAAAUUGGUCUGGGAGCAAAUCAUCACAUGCCGAAUGUUUAUUUUUCGCCUGGAUUUUACAAAUCGUGAUGUGUACAGGACGGAGUAUCGUAAGGGGCAGGCACGCGGUGACUUGUUCUGAGAGAUUGAUACGUCAAUGGGUUAUCCACGUCUGUACAGCAAGUAGGCUGAUCUACGUGACAAAGAGUUUGAGCGUUCUCCCCUUGUGUUCGUUUUGGUGAUGAAUUUCACAUUUUUAUUGUUUUCAUGGCCAAUUGUUUAUAUUUGCAGGGUGGAUUAUACGAUCGCUUAAAUUGACUUUAAAAGCCAGUUUGAGUAAUAAGAUUAAUAAAAUAUUUACCGAACAGAGGUGACAACGGUGUUUGGAACGUCGUUUGUGUGCGACUAAUGAGUUGCCACGAUCAGGGGUGGGGGAAGUCACGAUUCUUUUCAACGGAACUCUUUGAUUUCAGCUUCACCGUAUCAUUUAUGCCGUUUCUCAAUUCUGCGGCACUAAGUUAGCCUGAAAGUGACGUUUGCACAUCACUUGCAUGUAACGGUAAUUAAUCGAUUUUCGCACAGCGCUGUCUUGACGAUUUGUGUUCGCGUUGGCAUCGAUUUAAAUCGACGAAUCGAUUCCCCCUGCCACAUGCCCAGUGCUUUCGUUAAAAGCGUUCCACGAUAGGUUUUUCAUAUCCAAUUUGAGAGCAGCAGGACGACCGUUGGCCCCGUGUAUUGAACGCCACCGGAUAUUGAAGAGUCCCAGGAGGAGUCGCGUCACCAAGUGGCCAAAAGCAGUUGUUUAAGCGAGCGUGGAUUUACGCGUGCAAUUCACACUCCGUGCCUUGGCUCGCGUGGGUGUGCACACUCGGGAGGCAGCCGAACCUGGUGCAUUUGCUAAUCGAACAUCGGCCUUUACCAUCGACGCAACGAAGUGGUCGGAGGUGUGGAGUUGGCGCGCGACGUAGCUAUCGUAGUGUGGCCAGGGCAGUAUUGGCACGUCGUUUUAGUCCGUAGAUAUCAGGUUUUUGUCCAUCGCCAAUGAGAAAGUCCAGACAGUAGUCAGAUAAUGGGCCCCUGAAAUGUGAGUUUUGGAGAGAAAUCAUUCUUUUACAACAACAAAAAUAAACUGGCCAAUGUCGAAGAAUAUUUAGGUUUAUUAUUUAGGUUUAUUUCUAUGUACAAACAAGGUCUGCGAUAAUUAACCUUUUUGAAAUAGCUUUUAAGUAUCUUUUUAAAAAUAAAUUAACUCUGGAGGGUUGUGUUUUUUUUUAUCUAAGGUACUGUCCGUAACAUUGCUCACGAUACAUAGCAAUGUUCACAAAGAGGGUUAGAUAGCACACCGUGCGGAAACAGAUCACGCGGUCACGGGUACCAUUGUCCAACCCCAGCCUUGACCCACCGCCCACAUCACCGCUGCUGAUUCAGGGCUCCCGCGAUAGAUUUAUUGCUGUUUACCCCUGCCGCUAAAUAAUCUCCGGCGCCGUUGUACAUACGUGCAUGCAAAUAAAUGAACACCGCUCUUAGUCUGCGUACCUCCUAUAAUCUCUCAUGGUUGCCACUGACCAGAUAGUGAUAGCGAACCUCGUUGCUUCCCCGACCCUUCGUCGGUCCUGUAUUCGCUCAUCCGAUUAGCACGGUUGGCUACGUACGGUGCAAAAGAAGUUAUACGUACAUGCACAUCCACACAAGCGCACGGCUUGCAUGGCCGUUUGAUGUCACACGGUCCGCAUUUUGUGUUUUUGAAGGAUCGUUACGGCUGCCGAGUUUGGAGUUUGUUUCGCGGCGUCCCGCCUGCAAUGCCGUUGUGUGAGCCACGGUGUGGAAGGUACAGCCGGGGACGGACUCAGCGGGAGCACAAGCGGGUCACGCGCAUAGCGUACCCCGCGUCCAAAUGAACGAAACCCGUGAAAGAUUAAAUGCCAUAUUUUAGUUAUAUACUUGGGGAUAUAUGUUUUCUUCGCCCCUUAAUCGAUGUGUGGAAAUAAAAAUUGGUAAUUUUAAACA